UCUGACGUAAGAUGAACUUUCGUGCAUUGCACUCAUUAUUGACGGCGUUUUUCUUUGUUUUUACAUUCACCGAUCGCUGUUUUUCGCAUUUCCGUAUACUUAAUUGUCAGUGCUCUACUGAAUCCGUUCCUUCGUGUUGGCGGUUUGAAAAAAGAGGCUGAAAAUUGUCGUGCUCGAGCAUACAAGACUGCGUGGCAGAAAAACGUUUGAAUUGCGAAGAGUAGCACGAGAUGAGUGACGAGCACGAUCCUCAGGAGCUGCUGAACGAUGAUGAAGAAAAUUCUUCACACCGUGGCCGACGACGUCGUGGAACUCAAGAACCAGGAACUUGGAGUCAGGACUUGUUUUACACAUUGCCAAAACAGCCUUCUUACAUUUCGCGUCAGAGUCUAGCUCGUUUGAUGAGCAAAAUCGGUACGGGAUCAUCAACGCUCACCGAAUCAAUAGGUCGAGGUACCACAGGCCACGGGGAGUCCUUCAGGGGCCGUGGGUUUAUACGAAGCCAAGUAAUUUCGAGGUCGGAUUCGUUGCAACUUGAUCGAAGACCAUUAUGACUAAGAGAGGU